CGAUAUUGAGAGCUAUUCGCCAUCCCUGCAAUGCGUUUUUAUUGGCUAACAAGUUCCUUAAAAUUGCUAAAUAGCAAUAAAUUGAGAAGCGUACGAUCCUUGUCGGCGUCUACGCAGAUAAAUGGGGAAAAAGCGCUCUCAACUGAGCCACCACCAGAUACUGUUAACAACGAGGAUGCACAGCAAAAAACGCUUCACAUAGCGGUAAUUGGUGUACCGAAUGUGGGCAAGAGCACCUUCAUCAAUAAUGUCGUGAACCACAGAGUAUGUCCCACCUCAGCCAAGGUUCACACCACACGUAAAGCAACCACAGGAGUUUUAACAACCGGUCAAACGCAACUUGUGUUCUAUGAUACGCCUGGUUUGGUUACGCAGAGCGAGAUACGCAAACAUAAUUUGGAACAAAGUUUUAAAAGCGCCUAUCGCCACGCAAUCCAACAUGCGGACAUAAUAGCAGUUAUGCAGGACGCGUCCAAUAGUUGGACACGUAAGGAACUGCAUCCCACUGUGUUGGACACGCUCAAGGCUUAUGCACAUCUGCCCAGUUUUCUAGUGCUGAACAAAAUUGAUGCUUUAAAGUCAAAGCGCGUGUUGCUCGACUUGAUCAAAACGCUAACCAAUGACACGCUACAGAGCAGACGCCAUGGCAGAAAAGUUGCAAGUACUCAGAAAUCAGAAGAAGCACAUGUGGUGGAAGGCACGCUGUUGAGCAAGCGUGAGACCAACUGGAGUCACUUUAAUGACGUAUUUUUAGUUUCAUCACUCACUGGAAAUGGAUUACACGAGCUACAGGACUAUUUGGUGGAUGUGGCCAAGCCGAGGCGUUGGACUUAUCCCGCUAAUGUUUAUACGGAUGCUACGCCCGAAGUGUUGAUAGUAGAAAGCGUACGUGCGCGUCUACUGGACUACCUGCCGCAGGAGAUACCCUACAAUCUGAAGUGUGAGCUGGAGUACUAUAAUGUUGAAAAGCAUGUCGUUUACACCUCUGUGCAGGUGCAGUGUCCCACAUCGCGCGUUGAGCGUUUAAUCUGCGGCGAGUCCAACGGUAGAUUACGUCAAAUAACCGAGCGUGUUACCUCAGAUUUGGUAGAGAUGUUUGGCCAAGCUGUCUCACUGACAAUAUCUACCAUAGCCAUGUCUGGCAAAAAGUCGGCUUGAUAAUUUGUUGUUGUUUGUUUUAUAGGCUAAGUAAUAACAUUUAUUAAUUAAAAAAUAUUAAAUGCAAGGUACA